AUGCAGCUUGAUGCGGGAGAUGUCACUUCGAUCGCUGGCAUUGUUACUCAGGGACGUCCUGGACAGCAGAGGGUGAAACAAUUUACUGUGAAGUACAGUAUUGAUGGAGAGACUUGGUUCGACGUCGAGUGUGGGCGCAUUUUUGUGGGGAACAAUGAUGCCGACACUCGUGUAAUCUCCAAGUUCUCAGCUCCUGUGAAGGCGAAGUACGUCCGUAUCUUUCCCUUGGACUGGGAUAAUCAUCCAAGCAUGCGUGCUGGCCUCCUUGUCUGCGAUGCGACGAUCACAGCAGGGAAACCUUCCAAGUGGACUCUCAGAAUCUUCAAGGCCAACAGCGCCAUGGCAAACAUGCCAGACGUGUCCACUCUGACCUACGUGGGACAGGUGGAAGUUUGUUUGAACUGUGCUGUCAGGCUCUAA